AUGGACAACGUGGUAUCCAACAUAGCAGAAAAUAUUCUUUUAACGAUGACACUUACGAAAAUAACAAUCACUAGAAUAAACAGAGAAGCAUUGCGUAAAUUAUUCGUGGAAAUUGAAGAGUAUGUACUCACCGAAAAAUAUGAAACUACAGAGGAGAAAUUGACUUUCUUGAAUUAUACUAAAUUACCCCCAUUUUUUAUUGCUAUGAUCGGUUGUUCAAUGUCGCUGGAAGAAGUAUUGUAUUAUACGAAUCGACUUAUGGAAGGAAUUGAAUGUGGAAAGCAAAACAAUUCCAUGGGUUAUCAGUUGCCCUACAGGACAUUAGAAAUCGUCGAUUUAAGUGACAUGAAGAUAUAUGCUUUGAUUUGUGCUUACCAAAUAAUAUUCGUACCUUGUAUCGUAUUAGGUUACGUAGGAUUCGAUUGCAUGUUCGUCAAUUUGUCCAUUCAAGUAAUUGCACAGUUCGCCAUAUUGUCCUAUAAGGUGAAAGCAGUAUUAAAUAGUUCUGAAAAUUAUAAUGAGGGUAUGAAGGAACUUAUAUUACGACAUUAUCGAUUGAUCAGAUUAACGGAAGAAUUAGAAAAUAACUUUAAUUUCCCGAUUAUGCAGCAACUGAUGGGUUCCAGCAUGCAUAUCUGUAUCUCUGGUUACUACGUACUGACGGUACAAAUAUAA